GCGCCGACAGGUGACCAGUAUGUCAGCCAGUUUAUGCACAAGAUUAUGUUCAAGGCUUAUCUGAUUAUUUAUGAGGCUUUACGGACCACAACCCCCUGAUACCUAUAACUACAGAAUGGCUGAGGGCUCAGGAGCAGCGGGGGGUGUCCCAGCUAGCGAGCUAUGAUGUGGAGGUUACGUAUCAGCCAGGGGAUCACAGUGCCAUUGCUGACCUGUUGACAUGUUUGCCAGAGGAGGAUGGGGUUGCAGGAGAAUGGGGUUUCAUGGGGAAGAUGACACGGUAGCCAAAGGCGAGUAGGGACUGUGAGUUUCUGCAGUAGUAGGAUGUCCACCUGAGGACUUUGGUUGGUCAGCUGUGGUGUGAGGAGUGGACCGUAGCGGAGCACCAGCAGAGGAGGGUCGGUGUUGGAGAGAGUGGGAGAGAUUCUGGAUUCAAAGGAGGGUCCUUUACCGUCAGGUGCAAGAUCCGGUCGAGAAUGGUCUGACGUGGUAGGUGUUGGUGACCUGGAUGGAAGCACAUGGCAUGUGGCAGCAGAGAUUUACUGGGCAGAGAUGGGUGCAGAUGUGUGGAAGUAGAGGGCGGAUUGUGACCAAUGCAUGGCGGUUAAGACCAGCCUGGAGGUAGGAGUGGGCAGUGCCAGUACGGGACCAGUCAGCGGAAACAACAGUGAUGGCAUCAUGGGGCUCAACUUGGGACGGACUGUACACAAUGGCUUUUUCAUCAAACAUCACUACAUUUACUCUUUCUGGACUUAAUUUAACGAAGGAUAGCAAAUACAUAUUUUUUUCAAUGGCUCUUCUGGCAUAUUUUAUGGUGUUAUUUUUAAAUCUUAGUCUUGCUAUUACUGUUAUCCAUGAAAAGACACUUCAUGAGCCCAUGUACAUUUUCCUGUGUAAUUUGUGUAUCAAUGGAAUAUAUGGAACCUCAGGUUUCUACCCAAAAUUCCUGCUUGACAUAAUCAGUGACUCACGUGACAUUCCAUAUAGUGGAUGUCUACUUCAAGUAUUUGUGAUUUAUUCCAGCGUUACGUGUGAUUUUACCACACUGACAGCAAUGGCAUAUGACAGGACUGUGGCCAUAUGUCAGCCAUUAGAAUAUCACUCUAUAAUGACGACCCAGGCUGUUGUUACGUUGCUAAUAUUUUGCUGGCUGCAUCCUUUGUUUUGUUCAGUUCUUAUGAUCACUUUGACAAGUUUGUUGUCUUUAUGUGGGUCUCACAUAGACAAACUGUACUGUGACAAUUGGUCUAUUGUGCGGCUUUCUUGUGUUCCUGCCACCACACUACAUCAAGUGCUUGGAUUCCUUGUAGUACUUUCAUUCAUGGCACAUGCCAUUUUUAUCCUUUAUUCAUAUAAGAAAUUGAUCACGGCAUGUAGAAAUUCUAAAGAGGACAAGCUGAAGUUUAUGCAGACCUGUGUACCACAUUUAGUUACCAUAACAAUUUUUUCAAUAUCUGUGCUUUUUGACACAAUGUACAGUCGAUAUGGAUCAAAGGAUACCCCACAGAGUCUACGCGAUUUCAUGUCUUUGGAAUUGUUAAUAAUCCCACCCCUUUUCAACCCUAUUAUUUAUGGAUUAAAACUUACUGAGCUUCGCAGAAGAAUCCCGAGACCAUACAAAAGACUUACAGCUGCUCAGAACAGUGAACCCAGAAGAAGAAUAAGAAGAAAAAUAAUAUUUUCAUCAUAAGUUCAUUUGUUCAUUGAUUGCAGAUAUGCAUAAAUUGAUACAUUACAUGCUGAGCAAUACUAUAUGCUAAGGAAUAUGGUCAUACCAUGUGAAAAUGUAUAAGAUAUGUCAGGGAAUAUGAGCAAAUAUCAAUUAUUAUAGUUAUGAAUCAAUGUUUUCAUAUGUCGAGAUUGCUGGUGAGAUUACUGAUUACUUGGAAAACUAUAUACUGUAAAACAGCACAUUUUAAAAAUACAUUCUGAAAUACAAGCAUGCAACUGUAUGAAUGAGAGUGGCUAUGUACAUUACAAACUUAUUCAUGAAUGACAUAAUAUUGAUAGUAUGGAUUUCAUACAAAUAUACUGGUAAAUUUCAAAUGGAGUAAAGUUCAUUAUCAUUAAUAGUCACGGGUAGAUACUCUUUAUAUUGACAAUCAAUUAAUAAACUUGAGAUCA